AUGAGCUCAACCGAAGCAAGUGGCGCGGAUGCAGCGCCUCCCAAGCAGGCAGCCUGUCUUGAGUGUAGGAAAAGCAAGAUCAAAUGCAUCCGCGAUCCAGACUCUACCAUAUGCAAACGAUGUCAGAGCAACGGCAGCGACUGUGUUAUCCCAGAGUACCACGUUGGUAGGUACAAGGGCGUCAAGAACAAGCGGACUGGGCUGGAGAAGGCAAUUCACCAAGUCGAACAAGCCCUCAAGCGCUCCAAGGGCAACAGUGUCACCUUUGACGGCGACAAAGAUGUCGAUUUGCGCCAACUUAUUGAUCAGUCGCAGGUCAACGGGAAUGUCACAAGCCCCCAGCGACGGCAGUCCUCCUCCGCUAGCAACUCAAGGCCAUUUGGGUCUAUCAUGUUUCCGUCGCCAAGUGAGCCGUCCAAUGUCCAUCACUCCGCUGCGACGCCUCUACCAAACAUCGCUGAUGCGAGCGGUGCACAUCGACCGAGUAUCGCCACUGCGCAAAGCGUAGACCACGCAGAGAAACCCGACGAACUUGCACUAGACAAUGCCGACAACCCGCUGCAGCUCCUGGCUAUGGCCUCGUCCAUGCCCAAUCAAUCGCCGUCGACGGCCAUUACGCCCUCUCCCCUGGGUGGACAAGUAUCCGCCGAAGCGGAUGACGCCGAGCUGCAACAGUACUUUGGGAGCUUGAUGCCAGUGCUCGACAAUACCCCAGACAUUGAUGUCAUCGAAUUGGGCUUGGUCACUACCGAGGAGGCUGAUUUUCUAUUCAAGUACUUCUACGACAACCUAUCUCACACAAGAUGGGGCCUGGACCCGGUCUUACACACAGCACGCUUCGUCAGAUCGCGCUCGGCAUAUCUUUUCACCUCUAUACUCACCGCAUCUGCCACUUUCCUCCCAAAUGCGGCAGCCCUAGCGAGGCGACUAUCUGCACAUCGGGAGCGUCUUGCUCAGAGAGUCAUCAAUAAACGUCAUCGCUCCAUCGAGAUCGUUCUAGCCUUCAUGGUAAAUGUGCCGUGGAUGUCGCCAGGGAAGCACUGGACCGAUGACGAGACAUGCGCGUUUCUGUCCAUGGCCCUGACGCUGGCACUCGACCUACAGCUCAACAAAAUCGUGGUCCCAUCUCCAACCAUCCGUCCGACCGGCUUUCUAGAGCGUGUGGCCAAGGCUGACUGCAUAGAUGCAGCAAGGGCUCUUCAACUUGACGGUUUCGACAGUGUCGAUCCCACCUCGGCUUGGGGCCGGCGUCUUCUCCGAACACGGGAACGUGUCUGGCUAGCUCUAUUCGUUUUGGACAGAGGUAUCUGCCUCGCCCGAGGCCGGCCCUAUGCUGUCCCUACCGGCCCACUUGUCGACAGCUGCGAUACCUGGCACAUAUCCGACAUUGCUGACAGGUGGGAUGGCAGCAUCAUAUCGACAGCAGUCCUUCGACGGGAGCUCGUGGGCCUUAUUGCUUCUGUCAGAGAGACUUGCGACAACAGUCAGCUGAACGUCAUGAGUGGCUCAGCCGCCGUCAAAUUUCUCAAAGACAAAAUCGAUCGCUACUUUGACCAGUGGUACGCCGUGUGGUCCUAUCAAAUCACUCAAGGGGAUGGUCAUCUACCGCCAUACGUUGAAAUCUUAGUCUCGCAUACGAAGCUGUCCACUUAUUGCAGUGUCAUCAACCAUCCUACUGCCUCUUCAGAUGUCAAGCAGUUCUUCCGUGCCGCAGGUCUCUCUUCAGCGCUAAAUGUCAUGCGCGUCGUUGUGCAAGGCGAGUCGAGGCUUAAAUCGAUGCCAAACAACUCGGUCAUCAUGGUAUCUUUUGCGGCUUGUUUCGCCCUGGGCCUCAGUACCACCACAUCGAACGAUCGUUCCAUGAUUGCCCCAAAUGCGCGAUCACUCAUCGAAGAGACUGCUCGGGUGCUGGAAAGAAUCGGCACUAUGCCCAAGCACCGAAAUGGCACUUCGGCUCUGUUUGGUCGUCACAUCCGCCGAAUAAUACGCCAAUCAUUUCCCGACCAAAAUGCUUUGCACAACGCCAACCAAAAUUCCCAACUUGCCCAGCAACCUCUAUCGCAGAUGCCGGCUCCCGCGGUGCCUUCUGGCGCCCAGGAGACGCCCAAGCCAUACACUUUUGACAUGACGGAUGAUCAGAUUAUCGAGGCGAUCAACAACGCCAGUGCAUCGCAGGAGCUCUUUCAGAUCGACGAGACAAUGUUCCUCGACUGGCUUGAGUGGCCAAGCACAACUUGA